AUGGAUCAUUCAAACAUUCGAACAUUCAAAAGACCACAUGAUAUACCCACGAGAGAGCAGCUAUCGGCCAUUUUCCCUCCUCAUAAGAAGUUGAAGAGCUCUGUGUCUCUGGAUUCUGGUGGCUCCGUACCAAGAGGCAGCCAUUAUAUCAAUGACGAAAAUCUACCAACAAAUCCCAAUUUGACAACCACCAAACAAAAUAAUUUAAAUGCAAAUGACUACCGUCACCAAUUUGUUCCAACGCAUCAGUCAAACAAAACCAAUGUGCCUUUAUUAAACUCGGUUCCACCCAACAUUGUGCCAAUAGUUCACCCACCCUCAAUAACUUCAGAUUUCUUCACCGAUGUCACUACCGAUUUGAGUAAUGAAAAUACUGCUCAACAAGUUUAUGGCAUUCUUAGGAAAUUCCCACCACCAUGCCCACCUUUACCGCCUCCGCUGUUUUCAGAUAACAAUGACGAUAUCAGUGAUGACGAAAGGGGUGGAAUUAUGGUGCCAUUCAUUUACCCACCACCUCCUGUUGUCAAUAUCGAUAAAUUGCCAUUUUCAUUAACUGAGUUUAGUCGAAAGUUUACGGAGUCUUUGAAAGAUAUGGAUAAGCAAGAGAGGCAAGCAGGCUCUGAGAAAUCAGCAGAAACGAGUGGAUCUAAGGAGGCCAAUUUGCCCAAGUCCAACAAUCAAGGACUGUCAAAGAGCCAAUCAGGACCAAACAGUUCCAAUGCCACACCCCUUCCAGCGAAAAGAGGAAGGAAGCCAAAGCUAAGACCUGAGCAAAUACAAGCAAAAAAGGACGAGGAAGCAAGGGUGAAAGCCCAAGCCCAGGAGGAGAUGGAAAGAAAGCAGAAAUUGGAUGCGGAAAUUGCCGAAAUGGACAAGGCCCAAUCAAACACCCCCGCGUUCCAGGAUCAUUUGAAUUAUGUACAAGCACCACCUUUGCCAUUCCCACCUCGAAAUUAUAUGGCGUAUCCGCUUUCAGCUGAAAAAUCCUCUUUGGUACCGGAUGAUGUAUUCGCCUCGUUACUUGAAGCCAAUGAGAAAUUACCGCGAGCCGAUAUGGUGUUGGCUAGUGCUGCAGGUACUCUUUUUGACUUACGUCAAGAAGCUUCAGAAAAGGGUCUAACAACGCAUGAUUUUGAAUUGCAAAAAUUGAAAAAAGAAUCCAAAGAAGCCAAAGAAGCCAAAGAAGCCAAAGAAGCCAAAGAAGCCGUUGAAAUAUCUCCAGAUGAGUCAAGUAGUGAUGGGGAAAGCACAACUGAAAAGGGUCAGUACAAUGGUGACAGCUUCUACUCCAAAAUUGACGAUGAAUUGUAUCAAGAUCUUUACCAGGCACAAUGGCCUCAAGUCAACAUAUUUAAGGCGGCUUGUAUUGAUCCAGAGUACGCGAAAGUUAACCCACAAUUGAGCAAUGUUAAGGAAAAGCCUUCUGCUGAGGACAAAACAGAGUUGGAGGAUAUACAAUCAUGUCCUACUGAAGCCUUGCAUGAAUUUGAAAGAAUUGACAGGCUGAAUACAUUUCCGCCAACUGAGCGAGAGUUUGUUUCGAGUACAGGGGCGAUGAAGGACAGGAGGAGAAAACCCUUGCGCACUCACUUGGAAAGAGUAGAGGAGUAUGAGCUGGCAAACAGGCAUGUUAUUUACCAAGCCAAAAAAUAUAAACUUUUAAAACGAAUUGAGAAUUUACGAGAUAGCAAAAUCGGGUUCCGAAAGUCAACUAUUCAUGAUGAUGAAUUAAAACAAGUUCAACAACAAUUGGAAAUUGAACGUGAUUACGAAUUGGUUAAAUUGAAAUUAUUCGAAAAGUACGAAUUGUUGAAGAACUCGUUGAUAUUUUAUGAAGAUUCAAACAAGGUUUAUAAGCAUUUGAAUAUUAUAUUGAUCAACAAAUUGGAGAAAUUGAGAACUUUUUUUGAAUAUCAACAAGAGCUAUUCACUCACUUGUUGGAACAGCAAAACAAAAGUGGUGGAGGCGAUGUAUUUGACAUUUCCAACAAAAACUCGUCAAAAUUAUUCCACGGAAUAUCGUCAAGGAAUAACAGCAAACGUGCAUCUUCAUCUUCAUCAUCUGAUGAAGCAAAUGAUGAAGCCGAUGGGAAAUUGGAUCACGCAAGUGAAUCGGAUAAGAUAUUGACUGACAUGUUGAAUUCGUCAUCCAAGUUUGCCCUAGUUCAUGACUUUAUGCCGUUAAUCACUCAGGAAGAAUUUGAUAUUAUAACCAGUGACGUACCCAAGAAACUCAAAGCACCUACAUCAGCAAAGAAGUCAAUGAAACAUCAAAUCUUUUCCAACCCCAUAUAUGAUCGUUUAAUGACCUCUGGAUCCGACACCAAUGCAAGUGAUUCAAAUGCUAGUGCGUUCAAGAGCAGUACUCCUCAACCGCAACUGGCUACUCCCGGUCCAAAGAGAAGAGGCAGACGUGCAGCUACAAAUACGGGCAGGAAUAAAUCUGCUACUGAUUCAUUGAAUGGUAAUGCCAGUACUUCUGAUAGGGGUGGUAUUGGUGUCGCUGGUGGUGGUGGUGGUGGUGGUACCUCUCGUUCUUUUGCUGCUGGUUCCGGUAAUACGGCAACUGGAACAUCGGCAACAACUCCUACAUUGCAAAACACAUAUAUGCGGGACUCGGUUGCUUUUAACCAUCAGUAUACCGAAGCAGGAUUAUUGGCCAAGAUCACGAAACAAUUCUUUGGUCCACAAAUGGCCAACUCUGAUGAGUUGAAUCAUGAUUUACGGUUAAUGGGUAUAGAUUCAAGAUGGCCAGUGGGGAAAUAG